GGUGCGCAAGGGGAUGAAGUUGCGCGGGCGCACUGUCAGGACUAUCGAUUCGCGAGCACGGCGGUGGCACGGCGGUUGGCCAUCGAUUCGACGCUCGUCGUAAAAGGAUUGUAGCUUCGGUGAUCCCCGAAACGCGACUCGACACUCGAGACACGGGCGAAUCUCUUUUUCUCUCUCUCCCCUCUCUCCCCCCUCUCUCUCUCUCCGUUCGACUCGAGAGGAAGUUGUUGUCGUUGGAAGGCGGGGCCCGAUUCGAUGCGAAUCGGUCGCGGAACGUCCGAUCUUUGGCCGGAUCCUGGACACCAGCGUCUGGACGUCGAUUCGUGGACAGUGUCGUUGGAAAGUGUUUCGAGGGGAGUGAAGGGCGAGGUGGAGUCGAUCCAAGUUGUUUAAUCGCGUCCCAGCAGCCAUGCAGAAUUAUGGGCACGAGGAUUACGAUUACGGGGCAACGGAGGGUGGGCAACAACAGGAGUCAGGUGGUAGAACGUUACCACAGGUGCCAGGCGUCAGGCCCAUGGUCGACCCCCAUGCCCACGGCGAGGUCGACCCGAGCCUUUAUCCCCAGGCGAAGGAGGCGACGCACAAGAUCCGUGGAAAGAGCGACGUGAUCGAGUACCUGUUCGGCUCCGUGGACCAAGAACUGCUCACGGUGAAGACGUUCUAUUUCUUCUUCUACUCGGCGUUCGGCUCCCUCUUCCCGCUGAUGGGCGUCUAUUUCAAGCAGAUGGGGAUGAACGCCGGCCAAUGCGGCCUUCUGAUGGGGCUCAGACCUUUCAUCGAAUUCCUCAGCGCGCCUUUCUGGGGCUCGCUGGCUGACAGAUGGCAGAAGGGCAAGUUGAUCUUUCUAGCCUCCCUCUCUUGCUGGAUCAUCUUCACUCUACCCCUGGCCUUCAUGCAACCGCCGGCCACUUCGUGCAUGGUUAGAAGGAACAGCACGGAAUGGUUGGAAGCGCCGAACCCGAAAACUAGGAUAGUCAAGCGAUCCACCAGCCUCGAAGACUUUUACCGUCAAAAUGACGAGGAAUGUUUAGAAAUAGCGGACAACGUGGUGUUCGAGAGAUUGCGAAAGAACACGAAUCUGGAUCCGUUGACGGCGCUCCGCUCGCAAACGAGGAAGGAGCACAAGUCGGUGCAGAAGGGAAAUUACGAUAACAACAGGUAUCGAAGAGAGACGCGACAGGGAUCGAUCACGACCGAGGACAGCCCUGUCGAGGAUCUCAAGUACAAACAACUGGUGUUCGAGGAGAACGAUCCCGAAGCGAAGACGAUCGACUUUGAAACUUUGCAAAGGAAAAACCGUCCUGCCGACGUGCUCGAGUACAAGCGUUUUCUCAACAACCAACCUUUGGACGAGGGGAAACCGCUGAAGAAAGCGUACACGCACACCAAAACCAGGGUGAAACCACCCCCGACCAAGGUGAUGGUGAAACGAGACGCGGACAAGGAAACUUGGACGGAGAACGAUUCGAGCGUGUUCGAGCCUCGGCAACAGUGGUCCACGAUGAAGAAACUGCGAAAGAUGUCUUUGAACGAGGACGAGGAAGAGGAAAACGAUAUGGAGGAGAUGGAACCGCCAUUGGUCAGGACAAAACGAUAUGUCAGGAUACCUCACUCUGGCCAGAGCCCUCACACCGUGUCCUACGCAGCGAAUUACAACGAGCAGGAGAACAAGGGUUGGGUGAAGCCUCUGUUCAGCUCGAUCGUCUACAGAUUACCGGACAUCCAGAAAACCUUCUUCCUGCUGCUGUUGCUGGUCAUAGUGGGAGAAUUCUUCUCGGCUCCCGCCAUCACUCUCGCGGACUCCGCUGUGAUCACAUUGCUAGGCGAGGACGCGGAUAGAUACGGUCACCAGCGAAUGUUCGGCAGCUUGGGCUGGGGCCUGGCCAUGUUCUUCGUGGGUAUCGCGUUGGAUCACAGCACCGCGUUCUCAGAGCAUCCUUGCGGCCCAGACGCAAGGGAGAAGAACUACACGAUCUGCUUCGCCAUCUUCAGCGUCCUCAUGGGCGCCGCUCUCAUCACCGCAACCCAGAUCAACUUCAAGUACGAUUUCCCGAUAGCGGAACCGGAAGUGGAGAAGCCUCCCGCGGAGCCAACGAGGGAGGAACAGCUGCAGAGCCAACUGUCUCAGCAAUUGAACCUACCCAGUCUCCAAGACUCGUCGGCGGCGGUGAAUCCAAAGCCGCAACCUCCGGAAGACAAGACGAAAAUGUUCGCUCAAACGAUGCGAGAGAUCCCGGAAUGGGUGACCGUGCUGAAGCAAUUCAAGAAUCUGAAAUGCGCUUCCUUUCUGUUCGUCGCCUGGUUCAUGGGCUUUGGCAUCGGCUUGAUCUUCACCUUCCUCUUCUGGCAUCUUCAAGAUUACGGUGGAACACCGACUCUCUUCGGCGUCGCCUCUGUCAUCAACCAUAUUUCCGAGAUAUUCGCCUACUUCUUCAGUUUCAAACUAAUCCGUCAGAUCGGUCACGUGAAGGUAUUGUGCAUGGGGCUGGGGGGGAACGUUCUCCGAUUCCUCUACAUAUCCUGGCUCACUAUCCCGUGGUGGGUGUUGCCGUUCGAAUUCAUUCAAGGGAUAACCCACGCGGCGGUCUGGGCAGCGUGUUGCAGCUACAUCUCUCACAACACGCCUCCUCAACUGCGUACAAGCGCGCAAGGCGUUCUUCAAGGAAUCCAUCACGGGCUUGGCAGGGGAUGCGGGGCAGUGAUCGGUGGCAUGUUCGUAAAUGCUUACGGGACAACUGCCACGUUCAGAGCUUACGGCCUCAUCUGCAUCGUGGUCCUUGGCGCGUUCAUCUUCAUCAACUUCUACAGGAAGGACACCGGUUUCGUGUCCGAAUUGCCCCAAACGGAGGAUCCGCAUCAGGUAGCGGAGGCGACCCACCUGGCGCCGCAUGGCGUACCCAGCAACGCCAUCCCUCGUGCCCUCAGCUCGACCAGAUUACACGAGCUGGCUAAUCAGGAGACCGGGUACGGGGCUACUUAUCAGACCACGGGCGGAAAUCUCGGUGUACCAGGUGCGAAUGGCGGCCCAGUGAACCCGACGAAUCCAUUUCUGAACAGCGGAGGCGCAGGCGAAUAUAAUUACGGUAUGACUGGCAAUGGAGGGGACGAGUAUAUCCGUAGGAGCUUCCAGCUUUACAAUGAGGUGAUCAGAGAAUUGGACCUGUUUAAACCACCGCCGAUAGUGACCCAUCUACACGCUCAACAACCAUGCACCAACCCUUUCCAUCAGGACGACUACGAGUGGUAACAGUCCGGGAUGUUCGAUCCCACUUGAGGUGAUCAGGAUGCUCGUGGAACGUUGGUCGGUAAUCGGCUCGUUCACCGGAGAACCAACGAACGAAGGACCAGCUUCGAAGUGCUAGGCAGAAGAAAUUUUUACGGUCAAGCAGGCUCGAUUAACGGAAACCCCUUGGUGCCUCCUUGGAGGAGCGACCAUAUCAUUGCAUUUUAAAUUAGAAACGUUCGCUAACUAAUUAAUGGGAUGGAAAUUACGCUUUCGACGAAUCGAUCUCGACGUUAUAUAUAUAUAUAGAGAAGAGAAUAAUAAAGAAUAAAGAAAAUUCGAUCGAAAUAGAAAAAUAUUGACCGUGAUCGAUAGAAUGACGAAAAGUGCCUGUUCCCCGAGAUGUUGUUGUUUACGGUUAAAUAUAUUAUCGAAAGGAUCAUUUUGCGAAUGCUAAUGCGUUGUCGCCAAAUGCGCUCAUCGGGGGCACCAAAGGGUAAAUUUCGAUCAGAUGAGAUUAACGUCCGCGAAACAGUCCGCGAGACGAAGGCUCCUUGCAUUGAACGAUCGAAACUCUCGAAAAGAAUCUCGAGCGUCGAGUCGAAGGAGACGUGCCAUCCAAGAUAUAUAACAAGAUAUUUCGUGAUUAAGGGCGUGUUCUAACGUGUGAGAAAUCGGCGAUAUUUUGACAAGCUCGGCUACGUGGGCGUAAUAAAUUCGCGUGCCACGUGGCUGGAUCGUCAGAGAUCGGCGAAUAAGAAGAAUUAACGAUGUACAGACGAUGAUGUUUCGAAGAUUAAUAUGUAUCUAUCUCGCGAGAUAUACCUGACAACGUGUAGUACGGCACAACACGAUCUGCGGGGUCGCUUCAACGAAAACUCGUUAUCCUUAUGCAAACAAGACUCGCAUUCCACGGUAUCAUUCGAGCUAUAUAUUUUCUGAAAACGAGAAAGAUAUUCAGAUCGAUCGAGGAAGACUGCCAGUUUCUCGUCGAUGCGCACGAUCUUCUAUUUUCAGCGUGAGAUGUAGAAUACAAGAAAGAAUAGAGAAAUGAAUAUACGUACGAUGAAACGAUAGUCGCGCUCGUGGAAAUACUUGAGGGAGAUAAAAUUCCUCGAGGGGGGGGAAAUGGAGGGUUAGACUCGAAUCGUACCGUGUCGUCCUCGAAUGCAGCUCGAUGUAAUUAUUAUCGUGUAUCUUGACGUGCAAAUCUAUUACUCGGCUUCUCUCGUUUCGUUACGAAUCUGAUCAUUGUUAACGCGUUAAUCUAAUAUUCUCGGAUAAAUCGUCACGAGAAUAUCUAGAUUAUAGUUAUAUUGUAAAUACUUAUUAUCUUCGUUUCUCUCGCGUGUGAAUUACAAGCAACUUUGACUCUUCUCUCGUUCACCAACGUUGUUUUCCGUUUUCUAGGCUGAACGUUGCUCGUUGCGUGUUGUAUCCUGUAAAACGUUUCACACGUAUUGUAAUUAUUAUUAUUAUUAUUAUUAUUAUUAUUAUUAUUACUAUUAUUUAUUAUUAUUAUUAUUAUUACUAUUAUAGUAUAUCGAGUAGUCUAUCAAAGUACAGUUUUAUUAAGCAUUAACACGUUUAAUCCCGUGAUAUAGGUGUAUGAUAAAUUGUUGAUUAUGGAAGAACGAUUAAGCGGAUCCGUGAUAAAGCGUGGGCUGAAAAACUCGAAAUAAUUAUUAUUAAUAUUGCGCCUCCGCCCGAAUCGACAUCGAAAUUUUUACGUUCGAGCCAUCGGUUGUUCCUCCUCUUUAUCCGUUUAUCCUUAAUUCUCAUUUCGGCAGGAAACGUUCGCCUCAAACGCACUCGAUUCCAUUCCUCUUUCAAUGUGAAAAGCAUUCGAAAUUGAAAGAAGUGCGUGUUCGUACGUUGAAUCGGUUCAGAUUCGAAUCCAAUCCCGAUUUAGAGUUUUCUACAUUCCGUUCGAUUUGAUUCGGGUAAACAACCUAAAACGAAUCUCAUUUCCCGAGGCACAAGCUAGCAUGUUGACACCUUACAUAUUCAUACAUACACAAAUACAUACAUACAACAUACGUACGUACGUACGUAUGUACGAGAUUUACAAAUCGUAAGGCAUGUAGAGUUUCACAGAGUGUCACAGUGCUUUUUAGCUCGGUAUUGCAUUAACAUUAUCGCUACAAUUACAUUAAUUAAAUCGUAAUCGUGUAAUCGCGAAUGAACGAACACGUGUCGUACGCAGGGGGGUGAUGUUUUGUUUACUCGUUUCGAUCGUUCCCCUGGACUGAACACUGGUUUUUUCGAGGACACCUUCCACCGAAAUCAAGUAGAUAGUAACGGCCGUAUAUGGCCGUGUAUUAUUGGCCAAUAAUCGUAAUCGUGUUAUCUAUUUAAUAACCAAUGUUGUAAUCGCGCGAUGGAAAAAAAAAAAAAAGAAAAAAAAAGGAAAAAACGUGGAUUCGUCUCGCGACAAAUAUGCACGUGCACGAUACACAAUGGGAUCACUUAUCGAUUAAUCAUCGAAACGCAAUAUAGAGGAAUGGUCGAAUAAGCACGGAUGGAUGGAUGGAUUCAACGCUUAGAAAUAAUCGGUCGAUCAUACUCGACUCGCAUGAUUUUUCCGAUAAUUUAAACACGGUUUUACUUCGUUCGACAUUGCUUCUAGCGGUCCAUUUAUCAUUUGCUUUCGUAGAUUUAAAAAGAAAGAAAAGAAAAAAAAAAAAGAAAAAGAAAAAGAAAAAAAAUAAUCGCCGUCAAGCCUGUUAGAUUUGUUACACUGUUACACACGGUAUCCGGUGAAAGGCGUGCUCGAACUAAAUACAGAUAAGUUAUCAGUGAUUUGUUUCGCGUUUCUUCGACAACAAGCUCGCUAUUAAAUCGAGUACAACUCUUGACAAGCAUACAUUGCAAGUCACUGUCAACAGGACAACAAUCUUGAACGAUGUGUUUUACUCCAAGUCUUCCUACCACGUAAAUUUAAGCGAUAUGAAAUUUCGGCAAGAACUAUUCUAAAUGUGAAAAACGUAGGAACUGAAGGGAUAUUAUUAUUCGGAUAUAUUGUAGGGGAUCGUAGCAUUGCUACGUCUUACGAAUUAAGAUUAAAUCAAUCUUACUAUUAUCGAAGGAAACACGGUGGAUUUUAAUUUUAAUUUCACCUCUAUUAAUAUCUCUUUCUCGAUUUUCUUCCUCUUUCUUUUUCUCUUCUUCUUCUUUUUGAGCGACUUUUGCUCGAGCAUACUUUUCACCCAUAUAUAUUUCGUAACAGCCACCGUAACUAAAAUGGAGGAUAUAUAUAUAUAAAUAUAUAUUAUAGGGAUGAAAAUGCAUGAAAAGGAACAUUUGGCGAACUCGAUACAUAUCAUAUUUGAAAUUGAUGAUUAAGUAAAUGAAAAAAAAAAUCGAUGUAAUGUUCGAGGAACAGUCGCUUCGCACGUGGUCGCUUCGUCUCGCUCGAUAUCAUCGCUCGAACGAUCGAUAAAUUAUUCUUUUCGUCCCUGAUAUUUCUCCAAAGAUAAAGAAACACGAUGAGAUCGCGGAUUGAGAACACGGAUUCAGAUCUUUUAUUCUAUUUAUGUGUAUUACACUAUUAUCGCGUGUCUGUUACAAGUUUCUUUUUUUUUUUUUUUUUCUUAACAAGUUCUCGCGUUCGACAAGACUGAAGUAGCUCAAAUUCGAUUCAGUCGUUUCCGCUGUUUAUCGACGAGCUGAAGAGUUCAUUGAAUUCUCAAGAAAGAAGGCCUGUCGAGGGAUUCAUGUGCGAAGCGCGAUAAACGAUAGCUGUACGAUAGGUACAGCAUCAUUAAUAGACUAUUAACAGAAGAAGAAUAUAUAAUAUACAGUAACGAUGUAAUUAAUAUACAGUUUCAAAAAAAAAAAAAAGACGAUGGAAUUUUUUUUUAUCCUUGCCCUUCGUUCAUCAAUCUAUCUGUUUGUAUAAAUAUAAAGUAAAUUCGUAAUAUAUAUAUAUAUAUAUGUAUAAUUACAGUUUUAAUUUGCGCAAAUGAUAAAAUGGCAUUCAAGGCUAUAAAGCAAGUAGCAAAAAAGCAUGCAUUUAAAAAAAUAAAAAAAUAACAAUAUUAAUUUUCUACAAACUACGAACACAAGUUGUAUUUUCCUAUCUGGAAUGGAUAUCAAAAAUUAUAACGCAUAUGAUAAUUUAUAUUUAUGCUAUCUCUAAAAUGACGCAAUAUCGGCUAAAAUUUCGAAAUGUACGAUAAAACGCAUAUGAACAAUUGUAACGAUCAAGCAUUUUAUUCUCUUUUUCUUUUCCCUUAAUUUUUUCCCCCCUCUUUUGUUCGAGAUGCAUUCUAAAACUUAACAGGGAUGAUUGCAAGAUAACGACCAAUAUUUGGUAAAUAAAUGGUAAUUUAUUUGAUAUUUUUUGGCCUAUAUCGAUAUUACUUAUGAAUUAUAGAGUUACAACUAGAGGCACUAGUCAAGCUUAAAUUCUAGCCGACUACGAGAGAUCGUAUUAUGACCGAUAUUUCUAAAACUAUAUUUUUUCCCCGAAUACGGAUCGGAGAAGAAUCGAAAAUCGUGUCAAAGAUUGAUUAACUAGGACUAAUAAAAUUAAUUAAUAGCUAUUAUGCUCACUCCAAGUUUCUGAUCACUGAUCACUAAAUGGUAUUUCUAUCGGAUCAGCGUGUAUAAUAAUGUAAUAUAUAUUAUACAUACGUAUAUAUAAAGUGUAUACGCGACGUGAUUCACAAAGAUAGGUGAAAGUUACGGAAGAGUCAAGAAAAACCGAUUACUUUCUACAUAAUAAAAAUACUAUCGUUCUAAAAAUUUAAAAUACUGUCGUAAAACUUACUAAUGAUUUUAUACGAUGCGAGAAAACGAUAAAUACGUGAUUUUUAAAUUUGUCUUUCGUGUCACGCAUUUUUUGGCGAUUUUUUUAAAAUGUAUUCUUUAUCUAUGAUACUAUUUGCGUGUACACCUGCCUUUUUUCUUUUUACCUCUCUUUCUCUCACUCACUCUCUCUCUCUCUCUCUCUCUCUCUCUCUCUCGCUCGAUACACCACAAAUUAAUUCCGUAAAUACAGUCGAUCCAGAUUAAAAAGAUUAUUUUUACGAGUGAAAUGCUAAUUUGGUUAUUUUGGACGAAAAAGUUAGUACAUAUUAUAUGUAAUUAUAAGUAAUUUAAAUGCGUGUUCAUAAAGAUUAAAUUCACAUUUAAUAUAUGCAAAAGGCAAGAAGCAAGCAGCGAAAUGCGAUUAUUCAUAAAAUUUGUUCUUUUAUACAUGAAGCGCCAAGAACAAUUAAUCGUCGGUGACAUAACAUGUCAAUAUAAAGAAGUAUAUAAAUUACAUUAAACAAUAAUAAUAAAAUUUAUUAAAAAAUAAGCGAACAUCGGUUAAAUUAGCUUAUCUUUGGCAUUAUAUCAUGUUUGGUUCCGACUUGUUACUAAAUAUUUUUACACCGAUGGAAUCAUUGUUUAAAAAAAAGGAAUGAAACGGAAAUACGAUAUAUAAUAUCGUCAAAUAAAUCUUAAUAUUUUCUUAUAAAUAAAAUUCAAUAAUACUAUCAUAUAUGUAUAUUUUUUUUGUUUUUUUUUUUUUUUUGAAGGUUGAUUGCUUCUAAUACUAGUAGGAAAUAUUGCAACGAAAUUAAUUUGUACAUUUGUCGAGUUUCUCAUGCAAAACUGGACCGACACCGGGCAGUGUGUCAUUACGGCAGAAUCGCAUUAAGUGUAUAAUACUGGCACAGUGAGGCAAUGAUCUUAGGAUUCUCUAAACUAUUAUUAAUAUAAUAUAUUUCUACACUCAUAAUUCAUCCAUACUUUCACGCUAAUUCUUAAUCACACAGUUCCUCUGUCAUUUGUUCCCUAUAAAAACCAAUAAUAACAACGUCGAACUGUCGAGGGCCGAUUCUUUGUCGACGAUUAUUAUUAUUAUUAUUAUUAUUAUUAUUAUUAUUAUUAUUAUUAUUAUUAUUAUUAUUAU